AUGGCGACGUACAACGGAAUUACUAAUUCAAUUAGUUGUCCAAAUUUAAACUAUAUAUGUUUGUGUUGUCUAAUUUGCUUCUUUACCAAUACAUUUGACCAACCUGGCACUAGAACAUUUUUGACAGUUCAGGCACAAAACAGCAAUGAACCCCCCAGGCUGCUACCAUCAGUAGUUAUUGCAACUUUAGUUCGAAAUAAGGCUCACACUUUGCCGUGGUUCUUGGGGCUGAUUGAGAAGCUGGACUAUCCGAAAGAUCGUAUUGCGCUAUGGAUUGCCAGCGACCACAAUUCGGACAACACAACGGCUAUGUUGAAGGAGUGGCUGUCAGUGAUGUCCGAACAGUACCAUCAUGUUGAAGUUAACUUCGAUGAGGAGACACAAGAAUAUGAGGGCGAAUUUUCUCCUUGUGAUUGGACGGAAAGCCGAUUUAGUAAUAUAAUACAGCUGAGAGAACAAGCAUUGGAUUAUGCCCGGGAGAUUUGGGCAGACUAUAUUUUUAUUGUUGAUGCUGAUGUUACACUGGAGAAUAACAGAACUCUUCAGAUCCUUAUGGGACAGAAAAAACUGGUAAUUGGUCCCAUGCUGAAUUCAACACUGGAAGGAUAUUAUUCCAAUUUUUGGGGAGGAAUGUCUGAAAAGGGCUACUAUCUUCGAAGUGAUAAUUACAUAGCCAUUGUAGACCGGGAAAUGGUUGGAGUCUUCCCUGUUCCCAUGGUGCAUACAGCAGUACUCAUCGAUCUCAACCACUACCUCUCCCCCCACCUGUCCUACAGCAGUCCCCCACAGGGAUACACCGGUCCACGAGAUGACAUCAUUAUGUUUGCUCAUUCUGUGAAAGCUUUAGGAGAGACCAUGUAUGUGAUCAACACUGAAUACUUUGGGAAGGUCAUGAUUCCACUAGACAAGAGGCAUACCCUGAAGGACGAGAGGGAACAGUUUGAUUAUGUCAAGCUUGAGGCCAUGGUUCAAGAUGUUCCUCCUCUCUACAGUUCACCACAUAUAUCUGUACCAGAGAGACCCAAGGAUAAACUUGGAUUUGAUGAGGUUUACAUGAUUAACCUAAAGAGGAGACCGGCCAGAAGGUUCAGGAUGCAGAAGGCCUUCGACUACCUGGGCAUUGAUGCUAAAAUUGUUGAUGCUGUUGAUGGCAAAGAUCUGAACAGUACCUACCUUGAUGGGCUUGGUGUUGAAAUGCUGCCUGGAUUUGCUGAUCCAUAUCAUGGAAGGUCACUGACGAUGGGCGAGAUUGGUUGCUUCCUUAGCCACUAUCAAAUUUGGGAAGAG